AUGUGUAUCAUCACCAGCAAAGAAGAGCGAGUCGGUCGCAGCUGGGAUGAGCCAGCAAGACAUGUAUCCAAUUAUCACGCCGGACCAGCUCGACGAACCUCCCCACUCCCACGAAACCGUCGUCGAUACAGCAACUACGGCAACGAUUAUCGUUCCAGCGACACUUCUGUCCGCUACGUCUACCGCUCGAGUCAGCCUUCGGUCAGCUACCCUCGCCGCGAUAUCAGAGUGGUCGAGCGAUGA